GAGCGUGACCAUCUCCCAUGCCCCCAUUAAAACAGUGGAAAAGGGAUACACAACAACCGCUGCAACCAUCAUUAUUAUGGCAUCUCCAACAGUACCAUGUCAUUGUUGGUUAGCCAUUGCUACAUUACCUAAAUCCUAAAUGAAAGGGUAAUAAUUCUUACAUGCAAGCCAAUGCAAAAGCCAAAUCCUAUGUGAAAGGGCCAGGCCUUUUGGGGGAGAAGAAAAAGCAAAAGAGAUAGUAGUACUAUCUCGGACUGGACUGGCGUACCAAAGCAAAGGAGAAAGGGCUCGUCUUUCUUAGAGAGGAAGGGGGGAGGCGCGAUGCGGAAGAGAUUUCUUCUGUGGCCGCUGCUGCUCGCUGUCUCCGCAUCGUCAGCUCUUCUUGGUGUUCUCGCGGCCGACCUUAGCAAAGAACCUUUUACCAUCCGUAUAAGCUGUGGGAGUUUCGACGAUGUCCACACGGCACCUACCAACACGUUGUGGUACCGAGAUUUUGGUUAUACUGGUGGCAGGUUUGCAAAUGCCACUCGCCCGAGCUUUAUUGUACCCCCACUGAAAACUCUUCGAUAUUUCCCUCUGUCUGAUGGCCCUGAAAACUGUUACUACAUCAACAAUGUUCCCAAUGGGCACUACCAAGUCAGGCUUUUCUUUGCCCUUGUGGCUGAUCCUAAUCUUGAUAGUGAGCCAAUAUUUGAUGUUUCUGUUGAGGGCACUCUAUUCAGUUCUUUGCUUUCGGGCUGGAGUAGUGAUGAUGAGAAGACAUUUGCGGAAGCCCUGGUUUUUGUUCAACACUCUAGCUUAUCAAUUUGUUUCCACAGCACCGGUCAUGGCGAUCCAUCGAUCCUUUCUAUCGAAGUUCUCCAAAUAGAUGAUAAUGCCUAUAAGUUUGGUUCCCUUUGGGGAAAGGGAACAGUGCUUAGAACUACCAAAAGAUUGACAUGUGGUUCUGGAAAGCCAGCUUUUGACGAAGACCUAAACGGUAUCCACUGGGGUGGUGACAGAUUCUGGUUAGGUUUGAAAACUUUAUCAUCUAGUUCUGAUGAUCAACCUAUAUCAACUGAAAAUGUUAUAGCAGAGACAUUGCUUGCACCAAAUUUUUAUCCUCAAAGUAUGUACCAAUCAGCUAUUGUGGGCACUGAUAGGCAGCCGACGUUAUCCUUUGAAAUGGAUGUUACUCCAAACAAGAACUAUUCUGUAUGGCUUCAUUUUGCAGAGAUUGAUAAUGGAAUAACUGCAGAAGAGCAAAGGGUAUUUGAUGUACUUAUCAAUGGUGACACUGCUUUCAAAGAUAUUGAUAUAAUCCGCAUGACAGGAGAGCGUUUUACUGCGCUUGUUCUGAAUAAAACUGUUGCUGUCAGUGGGACAACGCUAAAAAUCACCUUGCAGCCUGUUGAAGGGACACAUGCCAUUGUUAGUGCGAUUGAGGUUUUUGAUAUCAUUCCAGCUGAAAUGAAGACCUUAACUCAAGAAGUGACUGCUCUGCGGACUUUGAAGGGUUCACUUGGUCUUCCUCUUCGAUUUGGCUGGAAUGGUGACCCCUGCAUUCCUCAGCAGCAUCCGUGGAGCGGAGUUGAUUGCCAGUUUGACAAUACCAAAAGGCAGUGGGUCAUUGAUGGACUAGGUCUUGACAACCAAGGCUUGAGAGGAGUUAUACCUAGUGAUGUAUCUAAGCUACAACACCUGCAAAGCAUAAACUUCAGCGGUAAUAGUAUAAAGGGCAAUAUUCCAUUGUCUUUGGGUACCAUCCCAGGGCUACGAGUACUAGAUCUGUCAUUCAAUGAACUCAAUGGUUCUAUUCCGGAGAGCCUUGGCCAACUGACGUCUUUACAGACACUGAACCUAAAUGGCAAUGAUCUUUCAGGAAGGGUUCCAGCCAGCCUGGGAGGAAGACCUCUACACCGAGUUAGAUUCAACUUUACGGACAAUGCUGGGCUGUGUGGAAUUCCUGGUUUACGUGAGUGUGGCCCUCAUUUAUCAGUCGCUGCAAAGAUCGGCAUGGCUUUCGGGGUACUUGUAGCUUUUCUGUUUCUAGUUGUAUUUGCGGCAUGCUGGUGGAAAAGGAGGCAAAACAUUAUCCGUGGUCAGAAAUUAGCUGCAGCAAGGGAAGCUCCCUAUGCUAAAUCAAGGACCCAGUUUACACGGGAUGUGCAAAUGGGCAAGCACCACCGCCCGCAUGAGACGAGCCCACGGGGUGGCAACAAUGAAAGCUCGCCACAUUUGCUUUCCUAGUUACUUGCCGCGAUUGGUAACGCUAUUUCGGUUGUGCGUUCUCUCUGGCAUGCUGAGUUAAUGCUGCUGUCAGCUUGAGUUGUAAAACAACUGUACAUACUAGGUCAGGAUGGUGUAUAUACUCCCUUUUUUCCUCCAAAUGUUCAGUGAGGGAGUAUUGUCAACUGGGAAAUGAUCCAGAUCAUCCUAUUUCUAGUUGAUAGAACAAUUCUAUACUAGCUUCAUUAUCUUUUGUUA